CUCAUUUCUCUGAUUGCAGUUGUGUGUAAAAGACUGUAGUCUGGAGUGUGAGCUCGUUCUCAGGCAUGGCGUUCCUUCAGUCCCAGAGCCACGUCGCGCAGGCGUUCUCAGCGGUCAAGGCGAAGGUGGCCAGAUGCAAGAACGUCCUCAGAGGGAGACCGUUAGCCGAGUCCGCACAACCUCCGGAGCCCUCCGACGCGCUCGGCGGUGAAGUCCCACAGGUCCCCACUUUUGAAGAUAAUCUUCAGAGGCGUUGCUUCUCCGAGGCCAGCCGGCAGCUGAUAGGUCGAGAGGACUGUCUGUUUGGGAUUGGCCAAUGGAAGCAGGAUGAGGAGGCGGAACUUAAGCAGGACUAUGAGAAUCUUUGGGAGGGGAUUGAGCAGACAAUCAGGAAAUCCCUCCAACCUCUAGACCAAUCAGAGCAGGGCGCUCUGAAGGAGGCGGUGCUAGCCAUCCAACAGGAGGAGGAGCAGGACAUGAGGUGGGAGGAGUCUGAGGAGCAGAAGCGCCCUGAUUGGAGGCCGCGGCGCUUCAGAUACGCCCAUGACAGCCUAUUGGAGGAGAUGGUGACAGAGCGCAUGCAAGAGGCGGAGCCUUACCCAGGGGGCGGGUCAUCUGUGGAGAGCGAGCUGAUUGGCCUGGGCCGGCGAAUCAAGCUGGACAUGCUGCAGGUGGCGCGGCAGGUGAGGGGCUGUUACCCGGGCAACGUGGGCGUGUGCCAAGUUUACAUCCGCUUCUACCACCAGGCCUUCAGAGCCCGCCUGACGGAACUCAGCGAGUUUGGCCUUGACCAACCGGACUGCACACACCUGCUGAGCUGGACCAAUCAGCAUUACCCGAGUAUUCUCCAGGAGCCAGAGCUGGCCUCUGAGGUGAACAUUAAACUGCUGGAGCCGCUGCUGCCUGCAGACGUACUGAGAUCUCUGGAGGAACAGUACUUAGAACACAGGGAGACCGAGCUGAAGAAAUGCGUACAGAAUGCUCUGCAGAUGGCGGAGCAAGCCUGGAGGGGCGGAGCCACACAGAUGAUUGACGGCUGCUACUUUAGUCCUCUGGCAAUUGACAUCAUACAGUGUGUGGAUGGCAAUCUGAAGUCUUGCCAGGCUGUGCUAGGUGAUGACCUCACACACACACACACACACAAGCUGCUGGCAACCCUGACACUCUUCUUCCGCAGUUAUCAGGACUUCCUGGAGAAGGUGAUGAAGCAGAGUGGAGCCCACAGCAGACCCGUUGUCAUGGCGAAUCUCACCUGCCUCCGGCAGUUCAGGGAGUUUGUAACUGGAGAAGCUUCCUUCCCCAAGGAUGUCCGUACUAGCUGCGUUUCCCUAGUAACCAAUAUGAGAGAUGGCUGCCACGCCCACUUAACCAGCAUCAUUCAUCAGAACCUCAAGGAGAGCUACCGUAAGCUGUGGAGUCAUAACUGGCUCCAGAACAGUGAGAGAGUGUGUGAGCAGCUCCAGGGUGGACUCAACACACACUUACAGGACCUGACAGCCCUGGACUACACCAGCAGACAGGAGCUACUGGGCGUGCUCCAUGAGGAGGUGUUGCUGGAGUACGUGCGGAGGAUGAUGAAGAGGAAGAUCAAACUGAAGGACAAACAGCAGCAGGAGCAGGCAGCAAGAGCACUGUGCUCGGACAACCAGGACAUACAAACAGUCUUCAUCCAGGCCGGUUCUACAGAAGGCUGGAUUAGCAGGGUCCUGCCUGAACUAGCAGAGCUGCUGAAGAUUCAAGAUCCUGACACCAUCCACCUGCAACUCCUCACCCUGACCAGAGAACUACCUGAUAUCAGUGUCAGUCAUGUCUCUGCUCUCUUGCAGCUGCGGUGUGGCCUGUCGGAUAGAGACUGUAAGAAGAUCAAGAAGACCUUCACUGAACUGAGUGCACAGGACAAACACACACACUCACACACACGCCAGUUUUUCAGCAAAGUCAAACUUUAAUGAGUUCAUACACACACACUAGGCUGACCGCACAUCCCGAAAAAUUCAGGACUGUCCCGAAAUCCAAGCAGCUGUCCCGAUUCCCGAAUCCUUCCCUAAUUAUGCUAGAGUAUCGAGUAGUUAUCGGCUGAUAGAACAUUCAUUAUGCUAGAACAGCGUGGCUGAUGGAACAUUAAUUAUGCUACAGCAGAGUAUCGAGUAUUGAGUAGUUAUCGGCUAAUGGAACAUUAAUUAUGCUAGAUUAUCGAGUAUCGAGUAGUUAUUGGCUGAUAGAACAUUAAUUAUGCUAGAGCAGCGUAUAGAGUAUUUAUCAGCUGAUAGAACAUUGAUUAUGCUAGAGUAUCGAGUAGUUAUCGGCUGAUAGAACAUUGAUUAUGCUCGAGUAUCGAGUAGUUAUCGGUUGAUAGAACAUUGUAUCGAGUAGUUAUCG